AUGACUUUAAUUAAUCAACAAAUUCCCGCUGAAAUAAAUGAAUCAGUAACUUUACCAGACGCACGUCACCCAAAUAUCACUUCCCUCUCACCGCAAAACAUAACUCUAUCCGCACAUGAUUCAGAAGACUCUAGGUCGAUCAGAUCAACAUCAAGUAGACCACCAGCCUAUUCCAUAGAGAACGAGAUAACACCACCACCAAUUUCUGCACACAUAUCUUUGAAUUCAACGAGUACUAUUCCAUCAUUAAACAAUUCACAAACUUCCUUACCAUCAUAUGAUCAUGCCAAAAUCGAUAUGCCACCACAAUAUCCACAUCCCAAAUUUGAUGUUAAUUCACCUUGGGAUCUGGUACCGAUUGAACCACAACAACCUUGGCCGGUUACAAAAAAAUUAUAUAUUUUCGGUUUUUUAUUAUGGCCACUUUGGUAUAUCGGAACCGUCUAUAGCGUAUUUGGAAAAGAUCAAACGACAAGAAUAUGGGGUAGACGGUGUAUUUGGAACGCUCUUAUAUUGACUGCAGUAAUGACCUAUAUUGUUGUCGCCUAUUGUAGAGCUGUGCUUUAUUAA